UGCCAGUUAAAGCCGAUCGCGUUCGGAUCGUUGUUGGUUCUCUUUUUCCACAUUUUACUAUACAUUAACUUGGCAAAGAUAUUUUACAAGACGUUCAUUAUUCACAUAUUCGACUGAUAAUGAAAUGAAUUGAAAAAGAACCAGUUCGCACACAAAAUUUUAGUUUGUUGGCAGUUUUCAACUAAAUCGCAUACAUUUUAAUGAGAAUUCCUCAUUUCUUCUCGUAUUUAUUAUUGAAUUCACCGGUGUGAAUUGGUGAUUGUACACUCUCUUCUUUUCACCUGGAGGUUUUUACGAUUUUUAUUUUAAAACUGUGUGGUACUGUUGAGGCAUUUGAAUUUGUUAAUUAUGUCGUGACGAAAAUAAUAAUUUUUUUCGUAACAAUAAUCCCGAAUUGUGAUAACGUGAAGUUGACAAAAUAGCAGACUGAAGAUAUAGGCUAAAUGUGACAGAGUUAGCUUAGUCAAAAGCUACUUUUUUGAGUGUUUUGUGUUAAAAUAAUUAUUUUUACUGCAAAAUUCGUACAUCAUGGCUGUUGAUCAUACAUUAGAGGAACUGAUGGCCACAUUAGGCGACUUUGGCCGAUACCAAGGCUUUCAAUUCGUUUUACAUGUGCUGUCGGCUCUCACAGCCGGUAUUCACAUGCUAUCAUUGGUUACCGUAGCAGCUGUACCUGACCACAGAUGUUUCAUCGACGGCGUCGACACAAACACGUCGUUCGCUCCGUGGAACUCAACCGAAAUACUCGAAGCAAUUCCAAUGAAAGGCGACAGUUUAGAUGGCUGUUCCAUGUACGGUUAUGGCAACCAAACCGUAUCAUGCAGUAGAUAUGUGUACGACGACACGUAUUACAAAACGUCCAAGACAAUUGACUGGGAUUUAGUUUGCGAUCGGCGUUGGAUGGGCGCAAUAGCGCAGACAAUUUACAUGCUUGGCGUGUUUACAGGUGCAGUUACGUUGGGAGGUCUAGCGGAUAGAAUUGGAAGAAAGGCAGUUUUCUGUUGGUCAGCUUUGUUGCAGCUGAUCUUGGGCGUUGCCGUUGCAUUUAUACCGGAGUACUUCUCAUUUUUAGUAAUUCGAUUUUUGUAUGGAAUUUUCGGUUCGGCCGGAAGUUAUAUUUGUGGCUUUGUAUUGACCAUGGAACUGGUCGGUCCCAGUAAACGAACAGCUUGUGGUAUUGCAUUUCAAGCUAUGUUUGCUGGUGGUGUGAUGCUUGUCGCUGGAUGGGGAGCUUUGAUUCCGGAUAGACAAAUUUUACAGAUGGUAUACGGGCUGCACGGUCUUUUGCUAGUAGCUCAUUGGUGGAUUAUGGACGAGUCGCCACGGUGGUUAUGGAUGCAAGGAAAAUUCAGUAGUGCCGUUAACAUCGUUAGCAAGGGUGUAAAGAUGAAUGGUAGAGGAAUUGCGUUGGACAAAGAAUAUUACAUAUCUCGCGGCAACGCUACAUUCACCAAACAAACAGAAACUUCAUCGGCUGGCAUAUCCGAUCUGUUUAAAACGCCAAGACUUCGUAUGAAGACGCUCAACGUGUGCCUUUGUUGGUUUGCCAACUCUCUCGUUUAUUACGGACUAUCGCUGAGUGCGGGAAAACUUUACGGAAAUCCAUUUUUGAUUCUGUUCCUUAUGGGAUUGGUUGAGUUCCCGAGUUACAUUGUUAUUGUGCUGGUCUUGGAUCGAUUUGGUCGAAGAUCUAUUACUAGUGGACUUAUGCUGUUGGGGGGCCUGUGCUGCAUUAUUGCCGUUUUCAUUGCGCAAGGAAGUACAGCCGCAACAACGAUUGUGAUGCUUGGAAAACUGUUUAUUGCUGGAUCGUUUGCUGUUAUCUAUAACUAUUCUGCCGAGCUAUUUCCGACCGUUGUACGAAAUUCAGCAAUGGGUCUGGGAUCCAUGUGUGCUCGUUUAUCCGGAGCAUUAACUCCACUCAUCACAUUAUUGGACAGUUUUGACCCGAAGGUGCCGGCCGUAAUAUUCGGAAUCGUUGCACUCGCUUCUGGAUUUUGGGUGAUGUUUUUACCAGAAACAAUGGACCAACCGAUGCCCCAAAGUUUGGAGGAUGGCGAAACGUUUGGUACUGGUAAUACAUGUUUCUCAAGAGGACGACAAUCGAAAGUGUCUGAUAACAAUGAACGGAUGGUUCCGUUAAAUACAAUUGAGAAAUCGUGAAUAGUUCUCGCUGUUGUUAAGAAAUGAGAUCUAUAACUAGAAUGAGGCAUUUUAUAAGCAGUUAGUAAAAAAAUAAGAAUUUUAAAUAAAUUUCAUCGUUUUUGGAAAUCAAUCCCUUCUGCAGGCUGGUUAUGCGACAAAAAUACUAAAUUGAC